GACCAUGCUUUUAGAACGUUUGAAAUAAAUCUUUUCGUAUUAAGAAAAGAAUUAUUGUAUAAUGAAUUACAAAUCCCUUUUAUUGUUGAACUAGUUCUUUCAUUAUCUACUAUCUAAAGUCAAAGUGAUUACUAUUACUACCCAAAAUUUUAUAGGUAUUGUUUCGAACAUAACCUCGUUGUAAACAUAAAUAUUAUGGAACUUACGAAAAGAAAAAGCUCGGAAAAUGAAUCUUCCACGCACAAAAAGAAAAAGAAGGUACAAUUCGCCACACCAAAUAACGCAGAAAAUGGAAAAAAGUCAGCCGGCGAUGCAAAACCCAAAGAUAAAAAGUUCAAGUUUAACAAGCCCGAUUCAGGUAAAAAUUUCCAAGCCAAGGGUGCAAAAAAAUUUACUAAACCGGGUAAGCCAAGUUUUAAGACUGACAAAAAACCCAAAAAGGACGGCCCUACAGAAAAGCCCAAGUGGUCUGAAAUGAAAAAAGAAAAGAAAAACCUCAGAAAGGAGCGCCGUAUCGCCAAAAUUACUCCAGAAGUCUAUGAAGUAUCACAUAAAGCUAAAUUAUUGGCAGCUCAAAUACCCAGGCAAACAUUGAAACUAGAUUUCCGCACGAACUGUUGUAAGGAGUUACAUGCACUAAUAAAGGGAAAAUAUAAAGCAAUAGCUCUGACCCAUGACUUAAGUAGAGUAAUUCAAGUUCUUCUUAAGCAUGGCCCUCCAGAUCUCAAGAUAGAAGUGAUUGAAGAGCUAUUGGAUAUGAUGGUGCAGAUGAUGCAGUUGAAAUACGCUCACCACACUGUCAGGCGGUCUUUAAAGUAUGGCACAGACAAUGUACGUCAUCAAAUCAUCAAGAUGUUCUUUGGCCACAUAGUCUCAUUGGCAUCUCACACUAUAAGUGCCCCAAUUCUCGAUUAUGCAUUCAAAGAAUUUGCUACAAAGAAAGAAAAGCUGCAUAUGCAACAAGAAUUUUAUGGUGACAUGUAUAAGAAUACAAAGGAUGAGAAAAUAAAAACACUAAGUGAUGCCUACAAAGACUGCCCUGAAAUGAAGUCGGCAAUAUUACAGUCAUGCAAAGCAAACAUACAACGGAUUCUCGAUAAGAAUUUACAUGAUGCAGAAUUGUUUCAACUGGUCUUGUACGACUACAUCAGAGAAUGCAGUGCUGAGGAUAGAGCAGAGCUGAUCACUACACUGUCACCUCUGAUUGUUCCUCUCAGCAACUCUCUAGCCGGAGUCAAUGCAGCUUGCAUGUGUGUAUGGCAAGGGACCAAUAAAGAUAAGAAGACUAUUAUGAAAGUGGUAAAGAAGCAUGUUGUGCCAUUGAGCCAACACAAAACAGGGUACAGGCUGCUGUUAGCCAUAUUUGAUUCAGUCGACGAUACGGUUCUGGUGAAGAAAGCUAUUGUGUCAGUGCUGGUGAAUAAUUUGAAAGAGGUGCUCCAGACCAAGGACCAUUGUGGUAAAAUGGUGUUGCAUUGGUUAGUUAAACCAAAGGAUCCAUCGGCUUUUCACCCCAGCUUAACCAGCUUCCUAGAAGAAGGUGCAAAAAAUGGUACAUCAAAGAAGACUUCGGAGCUGAGGGUGUCUGAAUUGCGGGAAGCUAUCAUACCAGCUCUGUUGAAAGAUAUACAAGCCAACCCUGAGUUUUGGCUGGAGAAUAAAGUUACUAUGCUAUUGACAGUAGCUAUAUUGUCUAUAGAAACUUCAGAAGAAAUUGUAACUGCACUAGCAAAAGUGAUCUGCAAACCUGACUGGACAGUUGAGACUAAUGGUAAGAAAAUACUUGCCAUUGAAGAUGCUGGUAUCCACAUGUGCUUAAAGAAGUUCGCCGUCAUGGAUAAAACCUCCUCAGUGUCUCUAGGUGAAAAGAUAUGUGAGAUUGAAGAUGACACUCUACAACAAUGGAUCAAGACUAACAGAGGUUGUUUCUUCUUAGUUAAACUCAUAGAAAACAACAAUGAAGAUGUUGUCAAGAAACUCAAAACUAAGAUAAAACCAGCCUCAAAUAUUUUGAAACAGCAAACAUCCGAGGGGGCAAAGUUACUUUUGCAAUUGGUAAAAAAAUAAAUAGAUAAAAAUAUAA